CAUGCAAGACGGUGGUGCAGGCAGACAUAGUGUUUCUGGUGGAUGAGUCAUGGAGUGUGGGCCAGACCAGCUUCUCCAGGGUCAAAGACUUCAUCUCGACCAUCAUCUCCUCCUUUCAGGGCAUGGCGUUUGGAACAGAGGGGGUCCGAUUUGGAGUCACUGUCUUUGGGGAUGUCCCAAGGAUGCGGAUUGCUUUGACAGACUACAGCUCACAGGAAGAGGUGCUCCGAGCCGUCAGAGACCUCCCCUAUGUGGGUGGAUCGAGGAGGAUGGGGGACGCCCUCCAGUUUCUGGUUGACACCGUGUUCAGCCCUGUUAUCAGCCGUGACCAUACCCCGAAGAUUGUUGUAAUGAUCACAAACGGACGUUCAGACGACCUGGUCGAUGCUGCAGCCAAAGCUGUGGCUGACAAUGGGAUUUCUCUCUUUGCAGUAG